ACAGAACAACCAAGUACAGAACAUCCAAGUACAGAAAAAACAAGUACAGAACAACCAGCUACGGAACUACCAAGUACAGACCAACCAAGUACAGACCAACCAAGUACAGACCAACCAAGUACAGACCAACCAAGUACAGAACAAACAAUAACAGAACAAACAAUAACAGAACAAACAAUAACAGAACUACCAAGUACAGAACCACCAACUACAGAACUACCAAGUACAGAACUGCCAAGUACAGAACAACCAGCUACAGAACUGCCAAGUACAGACCAACCAAGUACAGAACAACCAACUACAGAACAAACAACUACAGAACAACCAAGUACAGAACUACCAAUUACAAACCAACCAAGUACAGAACAACCAAGUACAGACCAACCAAGUACAGAACAACCAAGUACAGAACGACCAAGCACAGACCAACCAAGUACAGACCAACCAAGUACAGAACAAUCAAUAACAGAUCAAACAAUAACAGAACUACCAAGUACAGAACAACCAACUACAGACCAACCAAGUACAGAACAACCAAGUUCAGAACGACCAAGUGCAGACCAACCAAGUACAGAUCAAAAAAGUACAGAACAACCAGCUACGGAACUACCAAGUACAGACCAACCAAGUACAGAACAACCAACUACCGAACAAACAACAAAACAACAACCAACUACAGAAACAACAAUAACAGAACAAACAACUACAGAACAACCAAGUUCAGAACAACCAACUACAGAACAAACAAUAACAGAACAAACAACUACAGAACAACCAAGUUCAGAACAACCAACUACAGAACAACCAAUAACAGAACAAACAAGUACAGAACAACCAACUACAGAACUACCAAGUACAGAACAAACAAGUACAGAACAACCAAGUACAGAACGACCAAGCACAGACCAACCAAGUACAGGCCAACCAAGUACAGAACACUCAAUAACAGAACAAACAAUAGCAGAACUACCAAGUACAGAACAACCAACUACAGAACAACCAACUACAGAACUACCAAGUAUAGACCAACCACAUACAGAGCAACCAAGUACAGACCAACCAAGUACAGAACAACCAACUACACAACAAACAAUAACAGAACAAACAAUAACAGAACUACCAAGUACAGACCAACUAAGUACACAACAAACAAUAACAGAACAAACAAGUACAGCACAACCUACUACAGAACAACCAACUACAGAAAAAACAACAACAGAACAACCAAGUACAGAACAACCAACU